UGAACGCCCAGACCGGACUCCAGUCCAAGUUCAGAGACAAUGAAACUGCUCUUUUCAAUAGUACUCGCCGUCGGCCUCGUGACCUUCCUCGAGGCCACCAGCUCCGGUCCGGCCGCCUUUGAACGGCUCCACCGCGAACCUCCGAUCCGUGGUGACCCGUCCAAGAAGGAUAGCGGACCUCGCGCCCCUGUCCUCACCAAAUGGAUCAUGCAGAAGGUCGACAACUUUGACCCGCAGAACCCGUCCACGUGGAGCAUGCGCUACAUGGACAACGGUGAGUACUACAACCCAGGUGGACCGUUGUUCAUCUACGUUGGCGGCGAAUGGACCAUCAACGAGGGCAGUCUCGUGCGGGGUCACUUCCACGACAUGGCACGCGAGUUGGGAGCGUACAUCUUCUACACCGAGCAUCGGUACUACGGACUGAGUCGCCCCACUGCGAACACCCGAACCGAUCAGAUGCGCUUCCUGAACGUUGACCAGGCCCUGGCUGAUCUCGCUCACUUUGUAGAGGAAAUGCGGCGGACCAUUCCCGGAGCGGAGAACGCCAAGGUCAUCAUGGCCGGCGGUUCCUAUUCCGCGACCAUGGUCGCUUGGUUCCGCCAGAAGUACCCUCACCUGAUCAACGGAGCGUGGGCCUCGAGUGCGCCGCUGCUGGCCAAGCUGGACUUUACCGAGUACAAGGAGGUCGUGUCCGAGUCGAUUCGCUUGGUCGGAGGAGACGCCUGUGCGGAUCGUAUCCAGCGUGCGUACGCCCAAGUCGAGGCUCUGCUGGAACAGGGCGCCUACGACGAAGUCGCACAAGAGUUCAACCUGUGCGCCAGUACGGAUCUUACAAAAACGCUAGACAAGCAAAACUUCCUCAGCUCCAUUUCGGAUUACUUCGCCGGGGUCGUCCAGUACCACUGGCCCGGAGAUAUCGAAGGAGUUUGCGAGGUCAUCAACGACCCCAACUACACAACCGACAUGGAAGCCCUAGCCGGUUGGUUCACGUCCGGUUCCACCAGAUGUUACGACGCCUCGUACGACAGCAUGAUCAGCUACUACCGCAGCACCGAUUGGACUCACGGUGCCAACACGGGAGCGAUGCGACCCUGGUUCUACCAGACCUGCGCCGAGUACGGCUGGUACCAGACUUCCGGGUCGGAAAAUCAGAUCUUCGGCUCGGGCUUCCCCGUUGAGCUGUACAUCCGGAUGUGCGCCGACCUGUACGAUUACAAGUUCCCCGAGCGGCUGCUGCACGUCAACGUGGCCCGCACCAACACGAUCUACGGCCACAUGAACCCGGAGGUGACGAACGUGUUCUUCACCCAGGGUCAGCUGGACCCGUGGCGUCCGAUGGGACUGCAGGAGGACUUGAACGAGCACUCUCCGGCGGUCGUUAUUCCGCUGGCUUCCCACUGUGCCGACCUGAGCUCGAUCAGUGCCGCGGAUUCGCCCGAGAUGAGGGCCGCCAAGGAGCGAGUGUUCGAGCUGAUUAAGAUGUGGUUGGCGUAAUUGCAUCGCGAUGGUUAUAAUAAAAGACACUUACUUUAUUCGUU